AUGGGCAACUCCAACUCGAGUUCCCCGCCCUCCAGCCUUCGCAAGUCCGCCUCAACCCAUUACAAGGACAAAGACGAACCUAAGAUACGACGAACCUCACGAUCAGUACGAGUACCACCAAGUACCAGGUUGUCGGUGACAAAAGCACCAGUCAAGAAUACACUGUCAUCACAACUGACGAACAAAGAAGAGACUCACGAUGAUAUACACAAAAGCCAUUCCAUGUACGAACUGAGGAAACGAUCAACUGGGAAUGGCAAUGGGUUGAGUCAUCAGAACUCGAUUCGACUACUCUCACCUCAACAUAACGGCAGUAGUGAUGGGUCGGAGACUGAGUAAGUUGGUUAUUUUAAUGUAAGAUAGUACGUAUCUUAACUUAUUUUAGGUUUAAAUUUGGGGUUUUAGCAAUUUUUGUCGAACUGAACGAAAUGUCACAAAAUUAUCGAUUUUUUAAAAAUUGUCAAAACGUAAAAUAGCUUUUGAUUUUUACUUCCUAAAUUCACUUUUAUAAUUUUCUGACGCCAAAUGGCAAUUGGCGCCUAUUUUUGCGUGUUUGAACGAAGUGUCACAAAAAUUAUUGAUUUGCUCAAAUUUAAAAAAAAACCUGUUAUAUUGGUAAGUAUGACAUAUGGCAAAAAUAUAAAUUUUACAAAAAGUUUAAAGCCGUUUUACAGUUUUUCACAAGGUAAUUCAUCUGUUACGUUGUGUUCGUUUUGGUAUAUUAUCCAAGAUACCAAAACGGAUUUAUUUCGGAUUAAUGGUUAAUCUUUCUAAAUUGCGGCUUCUGCAAGUUAAAUUUGAAAAAAAUAUACAAAGAUAUACAUAUAUCUUGCAUUAUAUAUUAUUUGGAACUUUUAGAUAGGCAUUGAUUUGUAGUUGUCAGUAUUUGGUACUAGGAUAUACAUAAGUAGGAAUAUUACUGAUAGUAACAUCUUUUAUUAGAAUAGUAAAUGUAAAAUACGGUGUGCCUUUUUAGCUCAAGUUAAUUUUGCUUUUAUAACACGACAACAAAAAAUAUAUAAACUUUGUGACACUUUGUCUAAAAACCAAUAAUUUUUGUGGCAUUCUGUACAAUUUAAGUAAAACUUUUUCAAAGCAAGCAUGACUUAAAAAACGCUUUUCAAACAUUAGUUAAAACCCGAAAAAACAAAACUUGUGAUUUUUAAAUCAGCAGAAAACAGUAAAAUAGAUAUAUUAUCCAUGGUUUGCAAGGAAAAGAGACAUGAUCCUUUGUGAUCUUUAAAUAUCUUUUAACUUUAAAUCAUUGCAAAUUGGCCCUGACAGCCGGCUAUAAAUUAAAAACCGUUCGAUUGACGCAAAACGCCUCAGGGCUUGAAAAGAUGGAUGUAUUUUGUCUCAAAAGAGGUUUUUCAGAAAUUAAAAAAUUUUUAAAAAUUAAUUUGGAAAAAAUUAAAGUGAAUUUACCACUUUUUUUACCCUGCCCUACCUUACUCUAUCCUACCCUAGCCUACUGUAACAAAUCUCAAUUUUCUCGUAAAAAAUAAUUUUCAAUUAAAAAUUUGUCAUUCUUAAUUGUAGUCUUUUAAAAAUGACAUUGAUUUUAAACUUUGAAAAAAGAAAAUUAAACUGAUACGUGAAAAUUGUCAAAAAAUUUGUUUUUGCAUUUCAAAAAGGUAGUCAUAAAUAGUAGAAUAAACUGUUAUUUGUCUGCCAAAGUCACUGUAAACAAGCUAAAGUAACAUUUUAAUGCUGUUUUGUCAAAAAGCAUGUAAAAAAUAAACAAAUGCAUAUAUGAUGGUUGAAAAUGGCAAUUCGUUUUAAUUUUAAGCAAGUUUCAAAAUUAAAAAAAAAGUUUUUUUGUAAAAUACGACUUGUUUACUAAAUAUGAUACAUGAUAGUACUAAAACCUUGAACAUGACAGUAAAAACAUUAAAAUAAAAUUUUAAAUUUAAAUUGCCAUUUUUGCAAAGAUAUAACAAAUAUUAUAUUUAAGUUGUGAAAGAUGUCGGAAUGUCAUAAUUAUGACAGAAGUCAGUUUAAAACAUUCUGGAACAUCUGCUGAACUCAUAACUUUUGAUGUGACAAAAAGGUCAAAAAGAUAAUGGGUUUUUGGUUACUUAUGUUCUAUCAGUAGAAGAAUGGCAUAAAACAAAAAAUGGCAAAAAUUUUUAAAAUUUUGAAAAAUUUUAAAAUACGAUGUCUGUUAUUUUGUAGGGUAUAAUAGGUGUGAUAGUGGUAUAACAGAAAUGAUAGGGAUAUGCUAGGGUAUUAGUAGUAUACUAAGUAUGAUAUUAGUAUAUUAUGUAUGGUAGUGGUAACGACAAAAUUUUUUUUGAAUUUUUCGAUAACAUACAUAAACAAAAAACUUUAAAAAUGCCAAAAUCAAUUAUUUUUUUUCAAAAACUAUCAAUUUUACCAUUUUCAGUGUAACAGCUUGCCUAAAAUCGAGUAAAUUUGCUACGACCUCAGUUUACCCAUCAAUGUGCCGUCAGAAGUCGUUUCGACGUGGAGACCCCACCCAUCCCCUCAGCCCUAACCACCGUGAAAUCUUACGAACUUGUUUUGAAAACCCUCACCUUGAUUUGGGUAAUAGGAUAUGCUCAAGGGUGUUUGAGCGACGGCCAGAUUAUCAAAAGUUUAUAGCAAAUGUGGGCAAAGACAAAUGGCCAUUGAUUACUACGAAUCUUCAGAAUUAUUUAGAAGAGGUCGUGAUUGCUGUAAGUUUUUAGUUUUACAUUUAUUUUUUAAUUGUUGUCGUGAAAAUAAGAUUUUAAUACGAUAUUUAAUGAAAAAUACAAUUUUCCAAUAAUUUUUGUGGCAUUUCGUCUAAUCUUCAAUAUUUAAAAGAAAUUAAAAGAAUGUUAAAUUAUGGGCUGGAGUUGAUUCGGAAGCUUAUUAUAAAUCUAGUUAUAUUUUACUUUAUCACUUUUUUACCAUCAAGAACCUACUACAAUAUAAUAUUAUUUUCCCCACUUUUUUCUAUUUCAUAUUGACAUUUAACUUUUGAUUUCUCACUUUUCUGUUCUUUGUUUUUUCUUUAUGUUUUCUUUGUAAUCCUUCUUGGAACACCCUGAACUUGACGGAUUAGAUAGGUUUAUAUCAAUAUUUCUUCAAUUCUUCGAAGGCAAACAAAACCAUUAAUAUCAAUUAAACUUUGUCUUGUUUUCAGCUUGUUCUUACAUCUAAAAUAUAUGUUUUUAAGUUUGUUAUGCUGUUCUUAAACUAAAAUUUGAUAAAACAUGAAGAUAGCAGCUUUUUUGAAAUUUUUGUGAACCGGUCCGCUUUAGCUUUUUCAUACUGAGGCGUUGAUAGACAUAUGUUUUGACUGUUAUUUGAUUGUGGCCAUCUAAAAUAUAAUUAUCUUUUAUAAUAAUGAGUUUUUCAAACUUUUUUAUUUUUUGUGAAUCGGUCAUCCGAAAGUUUUUUCUUUCUUGAGGCUUUAAUCUCUUUGUCAGCUGAUUUUUAUACAAAUUUAAUGUGUUUAAAAUGUUAAAACUAAAUUUUAAAACGUUUUUGGAAUUAAAAUAUUUGGCUCAAUAACACUGUAUUACACUUGUCGCAGCUUUGUUGUGUUAUCAUGUGAAUUGUUGUUAACAUGGCUUGUUUACAUGUCUGCAAGUUAUUUGGCUCUGAAUUUCGUUGGCAAAAUACUCAAAAGUUGACAAAUGGAAAUUGCAUUUGAUUUGUUUUUCUCAUAACCAACCGGCUGUCACUAAUUUACACUUUUAUGCCUGAGGAAUGUAAAAUACGCGCAAAAAAAAUCUAGUUUUUUAAAUACAAACAGGAUCGUCAAACUUUUAAUCAAUGAUAAAUAUUAACUAUACGAUGACUAUAUAUAAAAAUGUAAAUUCUUUCUAACUCAUCUCAAUAUCAUUUUAGGUAGACAACAUAGAGACAGUGCAACGACUCUCCCGUCGCUACGGUGAGGAACAUGUAGCUCUAAAACAAUAUGGAUUUAAACCAGACAUUUGGGUGUCGUUGGCCGAUGCUUGUACUGUAGAGUGUGUGAUCUUGGAUAUGGCUAGCCAUGCUCCCACAGAUACUGUAGCUGCGUGGAGUCAGUUUGUGUCAGUCAUGUUCUCAUCGAUAAGAGAUGGUUACUAUAAUGCCUUGAGGGCACAGAGAAUGUCAACGAGGAAGAGUGUGAGGAGGCAGGAAAGUGUCAGUACUCAGGAUUCGGAUAACUCGGUAGGUACUGUAGCAAAUACUGUAACAUGAUAGUAGGGUAGGGUAGAGUAAGGUAGGGCAGAGUAGAGUAGGGUAGGGUAAAAUAGGAUAGGAGAAUGAGUAAAAUAGAACUGUUACCUCUUACUUCUGUAAAAUAAAGCCAGUCUAUGAAAUUUCAGACCUCCAAGUACAUGGGAUCUCAAGAGUACGUUGAUGCCAACUAUAAUAUAAUGGACUUGGUCAGUCCGCGGAAAGAAAGUUUCUCCAAUAACUACAAAAUCGACCGACCCAUAUUUGAGUGA